GGAUGGGGCUGCCGGUGUGGCGCUGGCUGCCGCUGGCCCUGGCGGCGGCCCUGGCGGCGGCGGCGGUGGCCGCGGGGCAGUCCCCGCUGCAGCGGCGCGUGGUGCGCGAUGUGCUCGAGUAUUUCCACGGGCGCAGCAACGUGCACUUCCUCUUCAAGGAGCGGGAGCUGGACGGGCUCAUCGAGCGGGAGGACCCUUCGGGGACCUUUGUGCAGCUCCGCCUGGGCCUGGCACAGACCACGUGUCGGAAGCGAGCGCCACAGCGGCACUGCCGAGUGCUGGAGAGCCGGCGGAAGCCGAUCUGCCUGGCCUGCUACAAGUUUGACACCGGCGACGUCCCCAAGGUGCUGGACAAGUACCACAACUGCGGCCCCAGCCACCACCUGGCGGCCAAGGAGAUCCGGCAGCGGGACGAGGCCGAGUGCCGGGCGGUGGAGGAGGCGGGCAGAGGGGGGGACACGCCGUACCUGCCCGGGAUGUUCGCCUUCUCCCGGGGGCUGCCAGCCUAGGCACCACGGCACCGGUGGACGCUGCCAUGGCCUGCCCCGCUUGUCACCCCCCAGCCCCCUGUGACCAAGGAGGGUCCUGGACGUGUCCCCCCCUCCUGCCUGUCCCCUGUCCCCAAUAAACCCAGUGCUGGCUCCGC